UAUUACAAUACAAUAAGUAUGAGAAUAUAAUUUUCUAAGCGCGGACUUUGUGCCGGCUGCAUUCUUUGCAUAAGAAUGGUAAUGCCGUAAGGACAACGACCGAAAUGCAUUGCGCGUGCGCUGCAGUGGUGGGAAACAACAAAAGGAUAAUAAAUAACAAAGAAAACUGGAAUGAGCCACAACACAACAAUUGUCGAUUGUCUGUCGUCGACGCCGCCUUGUGGUAUAUAUAUGUAUGUAUCUUUGUAGAUGCAACGUUUUCCGACAUCGAUUUGUCCUUAGAAAUAGUGCAAAAACUAGAACUAGAACAAGAGCAACCAGUUUACAGAUCCAGUUUAAGGACGAGGACGUCGUCUAAUGUCUGCUAGACUAUUUCGCAGCUAUUUCGCAACAGAACAACGAUACAAUACUUCGGGCGACAUUGAAGGCAACGAUGAUGAUGAACUUUUGUAUCCAUAUUCAUGUAGCAAUAAAGACAAUCGCGAUGAAAUGGCGCACGUUAAACAGAAGACCAACGGUGAACCGGAUAUUGAGAAAGACGACGACGAUUCAGAAUCACUGCAAGAUGUACCAUUCUCAUCGAGCAGCGUGGAUCGCAGCUCCAUUGGUUCUUCUAUUCCAUGGGCAGACGAUGCCAUCAAGAAGAAUAAACUGGACUGGGAUCGCGUAGAGCGUAUGCUAAGCGGGGAGGAGGCGUUGCCAGAACAAGAACCGGACCUGCGUCAUGAAAUCGCCGACUGGCAACGCAAAUUCCCAUCGUUGGUUGGUCGAAAAGUGCAGCCUCUGAAGCAGCAGAGCUUCGACAGUAGCAGCAGCCACCACCAGCACAGAAUGAUAGAUGAUUCGGGAGACAUCGACUCCAUGUCUAAUCUUAGCCUUAACUCGCUAUCCGACGACAAUGAUGAUGACGAUGGUUUUUUAACACCCACGGCCGACCGUCAGUUGGGACAGAUAAAAUAUCAGGACAGCCGGCAGCAAUAUUUACGAUCGACACAGCCGCAUACUCUGAUGGACGUUUUAGACAAGGAUUUGCGCAUCACUUCAGUCAAGCUUCGCAGCCGCGAACGUACCAAUCAACCACAUCUGCAGACCCAAUAUCCACAGCAGCCACUCCACGAUACACACUCGGCGACAGCGUCCCGCUCUCGAUUGCGCAUGCCUCCUAUCCUCAACGUACUCGACUCGAAUCGCCGUUUCCGCGGCCUCCUCAACAACCGCAGCUUUGUGCAACUGACGCAGGUGCAGCAGCAGCAACAGCUUCAGGCUAAGUCGGCAGCUCUCACGCACGCCAAUAGCGCUGAACGGCAAGGAAAUCGAUCCGCUUGGCAUAUGCCUAUGGCGGCCGCCUCCUUCAGCAGCCGUUUCUUCAACAACAAAAACGCCAUUGUUCUCCCCUCGCUCAACAGACAGCGUAAUUUUUCGAUGGCUACCGCAACUACUAGUCAGAGCAAUUCGAGCGGUGGUGGCGCUCAUAACAGCCAUAGUAACAGUUCCUCGCUGAAUGGACGCCGUCCUAUGGAGCGCCAACAGCAGUAUCCUCAUCAAUUCUAUCAUCAUCGCCAAUUCAAUGCGCCAACUAACUCGAGUAACACGCCAUCGACGGGACGCUCUAUAUCGGCGGCAGUGCACCAUCCGCGACCAUCUGAGUACGUGAACAGUGCAUUUUACAUACCAUAUAGUGCCUCAAAAUUCAAAGCCUUUAAGUAACCUCAACGUGCAAACAAAAAACAAUAAAAUGAUUGAACUCA